AUGGUGAUCGUACGCCCAGUAAAGCAGUGGCGCGUGGCCUGUGGCACUGCAACCAUCUCAACGAUGGACUUGUCGGCCGUGCGCUGGCAAGACGGUGCGCUCACUUCGUCGCAGGAGGCCACGUACGAUGUCAUGGUCGGCACGGAGUUUCCCUAUGUCGACUACCCAUUCGACUAUGUACGGCUGCUCAACCCCGCGAGCCGGUCCGGGGCGUGGGAGGCCGUGAUCGUAGCCACGGGUGAGCCCGUGACGAUCUCGGGUAGCACUGGCACGUACCGGUACUCGCCGCGCACCCAAGGUCGAUACAACUACUUUGUGUGGCAGCUCCCAACGAACCCGAUAUCGUAUCUGAGCAACAUCCAGUGGGUCACGGUCGUCUAUACUGUCGACUCGUGGGCGUGGGUUCGAUACAUCUUGGACAUGGGCAUCAGCCUCAUCCUCAUCGCCAACACGAUCGUCGGAGUCAUUGCGUCGCUCAAUAUCUACCGCGUCCAGCACAUUGUGUGGAUUCCCGACGUCUACCCGGGUAUUCAAGCCGAAAUCAUGCUCCGGAGUCUUCUUCUCGUUGCGAUCUGCGUCACGACCGACUGGUGGCACCUCUUCGAGUACUGCAUGGUCAAGUACACGGCGCGGCAGUCAUGGGGCUACACCGAGCUUGUCCUGGACGCCGUCGUCCGCUCGGACCUCCAAGUGCUUUUUCUCGCUCUCUUCCAGCUGAUCGCGAGUCUUCUUGGGCUCCGUCUUCACGUCGCCCUCCUCCUGGCCAUCUACUUUGGCUGCUACACAUCGUGCGACGCGAUCAUUACCGCCUGGCCUCUGCAAGCCGAGGCCGCAUCCGCUUGGCUCUACCACAACUACCUCCUCAACACCCUUGUGGCCAACGGCGGCAUGGACAUGUGGGCCUAUCAUGAGAACUACGAGACGUCGUGGGCUGUCAUGGCCGCCCAACUCGUCUGGUUUCUUCUGGCCCUCGCGAUUGCCACCUUCUAUGUUGUGCUCGUGGCGGUGCAGACAGGGUACACGCGCCGCCGCCGCGCUAAAAUUUUCUCAGGCGGCUCCACGGACGGUCGGUCGACGUCGGGCCGGUCGAGCCGCCGCCUCUCAUGCAUGGUCAUCAAGAGCAGUGUCAAGACGGCCCUGGACCCCAAUCGCGUCUUCAAGCGCAGCAACAAAGGGACCGAAGCAACGAUGUUUGAGCGCUACGUGCGGCGGGACCAGAUGACAACGUCCGGGCUGGUCGCGCCGCUGACUGACCACGUCAUCGUUGGCGGCGUCAUCCACGCGUCGCACUCGCUAGUCUGGCUGCUUGGCUUCGUGCUCCUUGCCGACGACGUUCUUCUAUUCAUCGAGGAUGUGCCAAAGCUCUGGCUCAACGCGCUUUUGGCCCGCGAUGUCUUUGCAAUUUACGGCUACAAGCUCAACAAGACGAAAGACUCGAUUGCGCCGCUACCCGAGCGCAUCUCAGCGGGUAGCUACAGUGCCAGAGACCUGGGCGCGCUCUCGCUCAAGCCGCUGCGGUGA